AUGAAGACAACCACUUUCGCCGUUCCCCCCCCCUCCCUGCUUCAACUUGUUUCCGCUCACCCUUUGCGCCGUCAUGCUCCUCAGCACCAGAAGAAGGAUGGCGAUGUUGUUGCCACCGUUGUGAACACUGUCUACGAGAGGGCUACCAGUGGUCCCAGGGUCAUUGUCUAUGUGGACCAAGAGGGCUGGGCAUACUCUACCGUAACUGAACAGGCCGCUGAACCGUCUCCUUCACCAGAAGUGGCUCCCCCGGCCGUUAUCCCAGCGCCUGUUGUAGUUGCAGCUGCUGUUGCGCCAGUAUCAUCACCAUCAUCGUCAUCAUCUCCCUCAUCCGGAGAGGGUAGUGGUUUCGGCUUCUCGUACACUCCAUACAACAAGGAUAACACCUGCAAGUCCCAGGACCAAGUCAGGACGGAUUUCGCUGCCAUCCCUAGUGGAUACUCGCGCGUCCGAAUCUACGGCACUGACUGCAACCAAGUCUCCAAUGUUCUUUCAGUAGCCAAGUCCAAGGGUCUUACCAUCUUCGCUGGUGUCUACAAUAUCGACAACUUGAGCCAGGAAAUUGGUCUAAUUACCUCAGCUGCCAACGGCGACUGGAGCACCUUCGACACCAUCUCUAUCGGCAACGAGCUCGUCAACAGCGGUGCCGCAUCUCCCGAGAAGGUGGUCGCUGCGGUUAAUAGCGCCCGAAGCCAGCUCAGAAGCGCAGGAUACACUGGCCCAGUUGUCACCGUUGACACCCUCGUCGCCGCCCGCGCGAACCCGUCUCUCUGCGACGCCUCCGACUUCUGUGCCGUCAACUGCCAUCCCUUCUUCGACGGCACCAUCGAAGCUAAAGAAUCCGGAGCGUUCCUUGAGCGUGAAAUCCCCACUCUCAAAUCCAAGCUCGCCAACCAGAACCAGGAGAUCAUCAUCACCGAGACCGGAUGGCCAUCAAAGGGAGACACCAACGGCGCCGCUGUGCCGUCCUCAGAGAACCAAGUUGCUGCUAUUAGCUCCAUCAAGAGCAGCUUCUCGUCAAACCCAGGACAUAUCAUCCUGUUCACUACUUUCAAUGAUCUGUGGAAGGUCAGCAGCCCUUCUCAGUUCUCUGCUGAGCAGUACUGGGGCUUCCUUGGUGACUCUCCUUCCGGCUAA